AUGGCCCUCAACCAGCCAACAAAGCGUAAAACUGAUUUCCCGGGCCAAAACUCCGCCGCCGCCCGCAAACGCGCGAAGACCAUCGAUGCUCGCUCACUUGCGGUGCAGUCUUCUGAAGCAGCACUCUCUGUGACGGGAGAGCUCGAUGUGGCUGCUUAUGUUAAAGCUCGCGAGUUCGAAAUUCGCUCCCUUGAAUCCGGCAUCCAACGAUCGAAAGCCGCCCUCACCAGUCGUGCUUUUCAGCAAGUGCCUCGAUCGCUAAGACGGCGGACCGCUAGCCACAAUGUGAAGAGAGUGCCGGGGAGACUCAGAGCUCGGGCGAAGAGAGAGAUGAUAGAGGACAACACACCGACUGUCACCGCACGGCGACGGAAACCUUCAGAGACAAUGCGAAUUCGCCUCGAGACUGCUAGACGCCUACAGAACCUCAAUGCCAAAAGCAAAGCCAAACGAGCCGCUCUAAAGGCGAAGCAGAACAAGGAUGGCGAAAAAGCUUUGGAAGAGGCGGGCAGUCACCCGUUUACUAUCGCGCCGCGAGUUCCUAAGAUCAAGAAAAACAAGCUUUCACGACCGCCGCCGCCGGAGUCGAAAUACAAGAAGCGGCAACGUACGAAGAUUUGGAUGCCUACGCACAUGUUUCAUGCGAAACGCGCUCAUAUGGCUACGUCGAGAGACCCAUUGUGGAGGUUUGCGGUGCCGUUAUCGCCGACGGAGAAGAGCUAUAGGCCUACGCAUCGGGCGAGUGGUGCUAGGGGCGCAGUAGCUUGGGACAUGAGUUAUAUUUCUACGAUUCAGCUCGAGGGCGCGGAGGCAGCUCUGGAAAGUGUUCUGAGAGGCGUGGGCGUUGUGGGGGAAGACGCUUGGGGCGUGAAGGGAAAGAAAUGGAGAGCUGGUGUGAGGAGCCUCCGCACGUGGGUUUUCGAAUCCGAGGGUCAGCAGAGGCCGAUUGCACCUGUUACUUUGAUCCGAUGUGCCCGAAGAACAACAGAAGAUGUGGAAAUGAUCGAUGUUGGUAGUGAUUCUAACGCCAAAACAACGUCGGAUCAAAAAGAGAAAACGAAGAUGUUCGUCCGGGUCCAUCCUUCUGCAUUCUUGCGCCUCUGGAACGAGCUGCUUGGGAUAUCAAAGAAACAAAGCCCACCAGUCAUGGUUGAGGACCUCCGAUUCGAGAUUGGCAGCAUCGACAUUACCGGUCCAGGGUCAACUGAGGCGCUGAUUGCAACAUUACGCCCAUUGGAACACGGGGGGGAGGAUGCUUCGACGGACAGUGUAGAGGCCACAUGGCGUGCUCUUCUGGGGGUUACAAAUCCCUCCUCGCUGCCACAAAAUGCGCUCCUUUCAUUCUCCAUAUCAGAUCCUCGCCUACACUUCCCCCCUCAAAAACUUAAACCUUCAUUUACUGAACAGAGAAUGCAAGAAUUGGCCGUAUUGCUAUCAACCUGGCCUCCUGAUAAGAACCCAACAUGGCCGACAAUAUUUGACCGUCGCAACCGAUUAGUGGCCAGUCGCAACCUGGCCAGCCAAAAGGCCAUCAACCGACGGCGCACUGAGGCAGGACUGGGAGUUUACCCACCCCCUCAAGCUUCUGAUCCACAAAUCCCAGUUCUUGUAUUGGCAACCAGACCUAGCUCUCAACAAAAGAGCAGCAAUUCACUCGGAACCUGGACCGUACUUCUCCCAUGGAAAUGUGUGGCCCCGCUGUGGUAUUCCUUGAUGUACUAUCCACUCUCGAGUGGAGGUAAUCCGAGGUUUGGCGGGCUGAAAGAGCAACAACAGCUCGCCUUCGAGGCAGGAGAGCCCUGGUUUCCUGGUGAUUUCCCGGGCACCCUUGCUGGCUGGAAAUGGGGCCUACGAGAACGUGAAGCAUCCAAGAAAGAAUGGGAACGACGGCCAAAAGGACGGCGAGUUGAAUUCGACUCGCUGGAUCUGGGGAACGGCCAGAAGGGCGAAAUCGGUCAUGGCUGGGCGUGCGAUUGGGAGAAACUAGUUAAAUCUGGCAAUGUUCCCUCCGUGAAAAAGGAUACAAGUACCGAAAAAGAAAAAGUCCUAGAAACUGAUGACGCAUCAGCUGAGGCACGAAAGGGUGAAGCCGAACCACGAUUAAACAUCCAUCAACUGCCAUAUUCCCAGGCAAAUCUUGCCAUCAACGGCAAAUCCUCACCUGAGGUCUGCGAGGGCGCUCUCGCAACAGUGAAGCUCACUCUCCAUUCUCGUGGACACCCAACUCCACGAGCACGCAUUUACCGACUUCCCUCGAAUAACCCGGAACUUCGGCAGAAAUGGACCUCGUUGGUGUCGAAGAGCGCGCGGUCAGAGGCACCAGGCCAGGCCGUCCCAAAAGCCCAACGAAAUAUGAAUACCGACAAUAUCAACGUAUCCCGACAACGUCUCGCCGCAUCACUCUUGUCAAAAACUGAGUCCUCCAGCCACCAAGAACAUCUACCCCUGCCUUUGGAAGAGGACCUUAUCGGCUUCAUCACGACAGGAAACUUUAACCUUUCUGAAGGGAAGGGCACAGGGAUAGGUUCGAUACUGGUAUCGAAAGUAAGGGAUACAGCGAAGGAUUCUAAACGAAAGAGCAAAGAAAGGAAUAUGUGCAUUGUUCGAAAUGCAGGUGAGACCGUGGGUCGAUUGGCUUUCUGGGAACUCGUUUGA